AUGCGGCUAAUAAACUCGAAGAUGAUUCCCGCCUUCACGGUUCUCCUCGCAUCAUGGCUCUCCCUUGCCCUUGCAUUCGCAAUCGACGUCCCAAAUCUCGGCGGAGUGGCCCGCCGUGCUGACUCCGACCUGGCCGGGUAUCUAGGCGUGUUCUUUCUCGGGGCCGAUCCCUAUGUCUACUUCUACCUCAGCGAGGGUAACGACCCGCUGGCUUUCAACGCAUUGAAUGGUGGCUCGCCGAUUAUCCGACCGACAAAAGGGACUGGGGGUGUUCGAGACCCUACUAUUAUCCCUGCGGGUGGAGAGGAGGCGGGCAAGAAGUGGUACAUUAUUGGCACCGAUUUGGAUAUUGGGAAGACCUCGUGGGACGCGGCACAGCGGACUGGAUCGCGGGGGAUCUAUGUGUGGGAGAGCACCGACCUGAUCAACUGGGAACAAGAGCGGCUUGUGGUUGUGGAAGACGAGACGGCCGGCAUGGUCUGGGCUCCGGAGGCGAUCUGGGAUCCUGAGCAAGGUCAAUACCUGGUCUACUGGGCAUCCAAAUUUUACCUAACCUCAGACCCCAACCACACCGGCUCCCCCUCCAACACCCGCAUCCGCUACGCCUACACGGCCGACUUCACCACCUUCACCACCCCACAAACCCUCAUCGACAAAUCCCCCACCGACAUCAUCGACCUCACCAUCCUCCCAGUCCCCGACGACGACGACACCUCCAACACCACCACCUCCUCCUUCCUCCGCUUCAUGAAAGACGAAACUCUCAAAACCGUCUUCGUCGAGGUCUCCUCCACGGGCCUCUUCGGCACCUGGACCCGUCCCGGCGGCGACUCAGCCAUCAUCCAGUCCAACGUCGAAGGCCCCGCGGCCUGCUGGGAUAAUACCGAGCCCGGCAAGGCGCAUUUGCUAUUGGACUUUUACGGCGGGGAUGGAUACCGGCCGUUUGAGAGCACAGACCCGGGGCGGAAUGAUGUUAACGCGUGGACAGACAGUGAGCGCGGGGCGUUUCCCAGCGAUCUGAGACAUGGGAGUGUGUUGCCGGUUGGGAAGGGGGCGUAUGAGGCGUUGAGGGCGCAGUGGGGGUCUUAG